AAAUGAGAGGUAAGGUAAGAAAAAGUAAACCUGAGCAGUCGAAAACAUGAUUUCAACCUAAAUGGUCAGCAGUUUGAUGAGGCACUCAAAAUUGCUAUUCCCACUCCCCCCUAUAAAUACAUACAUCUUCUCCAUUUAUACACUCCCCCCUAUAAUUCCUCUCUCUCUCUCUUGUCUGUGUAGUCAGUAACAGUCGAAAACGGCUUCUGCAGUGUAGAGAAAAAAAAAAUAAAAAAAAUGAUAAGCUGGCACGAUCUGUACGUAGUCCUAACCGCAAUGGUUCCCCUGUACGUGGCCAUGAUCCUGGCGUACGGGUCGGUGCGGUGGUGGAAGAUCUUCACGCCGGAUCAGUGCUCCGGCAUCAACCGUUUCGUGGCGGUGUUCGCGGUGCCGCUGCUGUCGUUCCACUUCAUCUCCCGCAACGACAUCUACGCGAUGAAUUUCCGGUUCAUUGCGGCGGACAGCCUGCAGAAGGUGAUAAUGCUGAUAGUUCUGGGCGUGUGGGCUAAUCUGACCAAGAAUGGGAGCCUGGAGUGGUCCAUCACCAUCUUCUCCCUCUCCACCCUCCCCAACACCCUCGUCAUGGGCAUUCCGCUGCUCAUCGCCAUGUACGGCGAAUACUCCGGCAGCCUCAUGGUGCAGCUCAUCGUCCUCCAAUGCAUCAUCUGGUACACCCUCCUCCUCUUCCUCUUCGAGUACCGCGCCGCCAAGAUGUUGAUCUCCGAGCAGUUCCCGGAGACCGCCGCCUCCAUUGUCUCCUUCAAGGUCGACUCCGACGUCAUCUCCUUGGACGGCCAGGAUUUUCUCCAAACCGACGCUGAGAUCGGCGAUGACGGCAAGCUCCACGUCACCGUCAGGAAAUCCAACGCCUCCAAUCUCACCGGGGCCGAGAUUUACAGCCUCAGCUCCUCCCGGAAUCCCACGCCCCGCGGCUCUAACUUCAAUCAUUCCGACUUCUACUCCAUGAUGGGGAUGGGCAGACUCUCCAAUUUCGGCAAUUCCGACACCGGCAGAAUGUCCAAUUUCAACAUUGCUGAUCUCUAUUCAGUUCAGUCAUCCCGAGGCCCCACGCCGCGCCCCUCCAAUUUCGAAGAAAACUCUGCUCCCAUCAACUCUCCCAGAUUCGGCUACUUCCCGCCGCACCCCGUCCCCACUUCUUAUCCUGCCCCCAAUCCUGAAAUCGCUUCCGCGCUGCCCAAGACUGCUAAACCACUACAGCAGCAGCAGACUAAGCCCAACCACGACGCCAAAGAGCUCCACAUGUUCGUCUGGAGCUCAAGUGCGUCGCCUGUGUCUGAAGGCGCCGCCGCCGGCCUACACGUCUUUGGCGGCCCAGAUUCCGAGCAAUCAGGCCGCUCCGAUCCUGGUGCCAAGGAAAUCAGGCUCUUGGUUAAUGAUAAUCCUCAAAAUGGGGACGCCAAAGCUGUUCCGCAAACUGGGGAGGCCGGGCGAGAGGACUUCAGCUUCGGGGGUGAUGAGGAGAAAGAAAAGGAAGGUGCGACUGCGCUGUCAAAAGACGACGCCAACGGCGGCGGCGGCGCAAAACAUAUGCCUCCGGCAAGCGUGAUGACACGCCUUAUAUUGAUCAUGGUUUGGCGAAAGCUUAUCCGGAACCCCAACACCUACUCCAGCCUCAUUGGCCUAAUUUGGUCCUUAGUCUCUUUCAGGUGGCAUGUGCAUAUGCCUAAAAUUGUAGACGAGUCCAUCAAAAUUCUCUCCGAUGCUGGUCUUGGAAUGGCUAUGUUUAGCUUAGGUCUGUUUAUGGCCCUUCAACCAAAGAUCAUCGCAUGUGGUAACUCGGUGGCUAGCUUCGCCAUGGCGGUAAGGUUUCUCACCGGCCCGGCUGUAAUGGCCGCUGCCUCCAUCGCCGUUGGCCUACGUGGCACCCUUCUUCACAUCGCAAUUGUGCAGGCUGCACUUCCACAAGGCAUUGUUCCAUUUGUUUUCGCUAAAGAAUACAAUGUCCAUCCACAAAUUCUUAGCACUGCGGUCAUAUUCGGAAUGUUGAUCGCAUUGCCAAUCACACUCGUCUAUUAUAUUGUUCUUGGUGUAUAAAGUAUAUAUAUCCGAGUUGAGGACCGGUCGGGGACGACCGAGUUGAAGAAACGAGCUCACUCAUGCAUCCUGAAGAGUUCGAUCAAGGUUGAAGCUUUGAGUGAUUGCAAGUGAAGAAGUCGUGGGAAACAAGAAAAGAGAAAAUUUGUGCUUCUUCAAUUCAAUUGAUUUUAGAUAAGAUGAAUUCCUGAUGAUCAGGAUCAUGCCUCCAAUUUCAGCCAACAAAAGUCCGUGGAUGAUGAAAAAUAAAGUGGGCUAAUACUUGUGGAUGGGAACAUUGCUGAGAAAAUCAAGGGGAGCCAAAAUUUAGGAUUAAAUUAAUUAGUACUAUUAAUCUUUUCAUCAUCUAAUAUACAUAUUUUAUAUUCCACUUUCCUCCACGGUUUGUCUAGCUCUUUGUGUUCAAUAUUGUUUUUGUGGUGAUUGUAUUCGAUUUUGUUGCUUUCUUGACAAUGUAAAUUUAUUCUAGAUCAAUGGCGAUCCACCAUUUGAAUUUGUAGCGUAA